AUUCAUUUUAUUCAACAUUAUGAAAGAAAACGGCGAGACAUGUGACGUUUUUAUCGCUCACCUAACUGCGCACCGCGUUCGCACGCGCGCCUUUGUCACGCCCGCGUAUCGUAAGCGAUUAUUCAGAAAAAAAAAAGAGAGAGAUUGUAUCGCGACAAUCGAUCGCUUUACUUGAUAUGCGGGGGACGGUAAUACGCGUGAAACCGCGGAAACGUUCACGCCGUGUCGCACGUGGUCGGAGUAAGGAAAAAAAGAAAAAAAAACCGUCAAGGCUCAGCUCUGUCACAUUUGUGCAAAUAUAUUAUAUAUAUAUAUAUGCGCGCCGCGCGAUAAAACCGCGCGUGUACUCGACGGGCCGCACAUUAUUGCCGCCGAUAUCUUCCCUUAUCGAUGGAUCACGCCGUCCCCGGCGUCUUUCGGAGCAGAGGAGGCCUAUAUUGCCUUUGACGGUUUGACGUUAGCCGCCUCCCCCCGAGAUUGGAGAAAAUUUGGAGAAAGUGGACCACGCUGCGGGCGCAGGAGUAAUUCGGACGCUUCCGCUUAUCGGAGAGAAGAGUUACGUUGAUAAACGAGUCGCGAGGACUCGAUCAAGAAGGACCUGUAAUUCACCUGUUUAGCUUGAAGCACCAUGGCUGUCCGUUUGGCGAACACCGGCGACAGUAAUUUGGACAGCAAGAUCGCCGAAUGGCUGCAGUGGAACAAGGAUCCGAAAGCAGAGGAUGAGAUACUCGAGUACUUGGACAAGGGGCAGAUCAAAGUAUUGUCAAAGCUGUUUCUCAAGAGACUCGAAUUUGGCACCGCGGGUCUCAGGGGCCGUAUGGGACCGGGCUACAGCCAAAUGAAUGAUUUAGUCAUCGUGCAAACCGGUCAAGGAUUAAUCAAGUAUUUGACGGACACGAUAUUCGAUGUCGCGCUGAAAGGCGUCGUGAUAGGAUACGACGGUCGUUACAACAGCAAAAGGUUUGCCGAAUUGACCGCUGCAAUCCUCAUAGCCAACGGCAUUAAGGUUUAUUUAUUUUCGAAGAUAUGCCCCACGCCGUUUAUACCUUACGCUAUUCUGAGAUACAAGUGCGCGGCCGGCAUCAUGGUGACCGCCUCUCACAAUCCCAAAGACGACAAUGGAUACAAAGUCUACUGGGAGAACGGGGCGCAGAUCAUCUCGCCGCACGACAAGAAGAUUCAAAGCUACAUUCUGAACAAUCUCGUGCCGCUCGAGUCCUCGUGGGACGUGAGCGAGAUCUACGAGAGCUCCUACUACAAAGAUCCACAAGACGAGAUUAUGCAGCACUACUAUCGAGACUUAAAGGAUAACGUUCUGUAUCCCGAGGUCAAUAGAAAUACCCCGUUGAAAUUCACGUACACCGCUAUGCACGGUGUUGGACAGGAGUAUAUGAUCGCCGCGUUUGAGGCAGCAAACUUUAAGCCGUUUGUAACAGUGGAGGAGCAAAAGCUGCCGGAUCCGGAAUUUCCCACGGUGAAAUUUCCGAAUCCGGAGGAAGGAAAGAGCGCUCUGGAUCUUAGCAUAAAGACGGCAAAUAGAAACGACUCGUCCGUGAUACUCGCCAACGAUCCCGACGCCGAUAGACUUGCGUGCGCGACGAAGACGGAGAGCGGGGAAUGGCACGUCUUCUCUGGAAAUGAACUUGGCGCGUUACUGGGUUGGUGGAUGACUCACGCUUAUCAAGUGAUACAUCCCGAUAUCGAUAUGAGUAACACGUACAUGUUAGCGUCCACCGUUUCCAGCAAAAUCCUAGCUUCAAUGGGUAAGAAAGAAGGUUUUAAUUUCGAGGAAACUCUGACGGGCUUCAAAUGGAUGGGCAACAAAGCUAUAGAACUAAUGAAGGAUAAUAAGGACAUUUUGUUCGCGUACGAAGAGGCUAUAGGCUUCAUGUGCGGCUCCAAGGUCUUGGAUAAGGAUGGCAUUAGCGCCGGUGUACGUGUAGCCGAAUUGGCGGCUUAUCUCGAAACGAUAGGAUUGACCUUAUCUGAUAAGCUGGCGGAGAUAUACGAGGAAUACGGCCAUCAUAUCAGCGAUAAUUCCUAUUGGAUAUGCCACGAUCCGGAUACCAUCAAGGCGAUAUUUGAACGACUGAGGAAUUAUUCGGGAAAACCGGAUGUAUACCCAACCGGAAUUCUUAAAGGAAAGUAUACAAUAAGCGGCGUUCGAGACUUAACAACCGGAUACGACAAUACGAAACCCGACAAUAAGGCAGUUCUGCCUGUAUCGAAAUCUAGCCAAAUGAUCACGUUCACAUUUAAAAAUGGAUUGGUUAGUACUUUAAGGACCAGUGGCACGGAACCCAAAAUCAAAUACUACAAUGAAUUGUGUGGAUCACCCGGAGAGGAUUUAAACAAAUUGAAAGGCACUCUCAACGAAAUGGUAUCGGCUAUCGUAGCAGAAUUCCUUCAACCAGAAGUGAACGGACUUAUCGCCCGCGGGGAAUAAAUUAUGAUAAUUGUGCUAUUGUAUGCGUCUUGACUCAGCGAUUAACUCAUUCGAAUCGGUGCAUUAUAUAUAUAUUUUUUUUUUACAAAUACUUUGCAGUAAAAGGGCACCAGGUUUGUCCGUAUCUUUUAAAUUUAUUCGAGCAUUCGUGCUACAAUUUAUCGUUACGUUGUUAAGUUUUUAAUGACUUUGCGAUACAUUAAUUUAAUUAUAUUGUAAAAUGAAAGUGUGAUGUUUCUAUUGUAAGCCUACAAUACAACAGAAAAUGGCUGUGUACUUGUAUAUUACAUACUGUUUUGUUCACUGUUAAAAUUGUUGAGGAAAA